AUGAGCACAUGGCUGGAGGAAGCGUUUUGCUGCUGGCUCAGAGGAUUUCUCACCAGGGAGCAAGUUUGUAACAGUAGGAGUUAUGAGCUGGGCUGUUCUUAUUCCCGUUUGUUUAUUUGUAUAGGCUAUCGAAUCUUGGCUGUGGAACUGACAUCCAGCAACAAGAAGCCCGUGGUGCAGGAAUUCCAGCGUGUGGAGCUGUCCUGCAUCAUUAAAUCCACCACAACAGCCAAUCCGAGGAUCGAGUGGAAGAAAAUCAAAGGCGAUGACAAGACCUAUGUGUUUUUUGACAAUAAAAUUCAGGGAGACUUCGUAACUCGGGCAGAAAUCCUCAGCCGGACAUCGCUGGUGAUCAAAAACGUCACCCGCAUGGACACUGCCACCUACCGCUGCGAAGUGGCAGCCCCAGAUGAUGAAAACAUAGCAGAUGAGAUAAGCAUCCAGCUUACAGUGCAAGUGAAGCCAGUUGCUCCCAGAUGCAGGGUCCCAAAAGCUGUGCCCGUGGGCAAAACCGCCACCCUUCACUGCCACGAGAAUGAAGGCUACCCGGAGUCCACGUACAGCUGGUACCACAACAGCGAACCUUUACCGACCGACUCCAAAUCGAACCCCAAGUUCCGUAACUCCUCCUUCAUCCUGAAUCCUGGAACGGGCACCCUGGUCUUCGCUGCCGUGCAGAAGGGUGACGCUGGCCGCUACUACUGCAUAGCGACGAACGAUGUCGGCUCUGCCAAGUGCGAGGAGCAGGAGAUGGAAAUCUAUGAUCUUAAUAUUGGUGGAAUUAUCGGUGGAGUUCUAGUGGUCGUGGUGGUUCUGGUGCUGAUAACGCUGGGCAUCUGUUGUGCCUACAGAAGGGGUUACUUUGUGAAUAACAAACAGACCGGGAAAAGCUACAAGACUCCAGCAAAACCAGAUGGUGUUAACUAUAUCCAGACAGACGACGAGGGUGACUUCAGACACAAAUCGUCAUUUGUUAUCUGAGAUGCCAAAAGAAGAUUGCAAAGCAUCCCGAACAAGUAUGAAAAUACCUCCCACAGGAACUCAACGCAAGAGCAAAAAGAUGAACAAAGUGCGCUUGGAAGAGUUUAGAAAACACACAGACUUGACUUUUUUUUGCCAAAGUUAACACCACUCACUCCAAACCUCCGAACUCAGUCUUUUUCCUCUCCCAGAGAUACCACCUGGACCACUUAACACCCCCCCUUGCACUGAGGAGCGGUUACCCUCCCUAAGAUGGAGCAUUUCCCUCCGCAAAGCUGUAGCCUUCGGAGCUGCAGAUGCUCCUGGAACUGCCUUCUCCCUGGGGUGCAACCAGAAUGUCCAGGCCAAACAGGGGAGAAGCUUUAGGUAAAUGGGCAUCUUGACCCAAUAGACAAAAGGUGCUGAUGUGGCAAUAGAUUCUAAUCAAGAUUCAUCUGCAAAAGGGGAGAAUCUUCUGCAUAGCAGCUCAAUGUUUAGGCUUGGGGCAGCCUUUACAGCUGUAACACAAUUGUGCUGUUACCAGCUCCGCAAGUGAGGGUUUCAUGCCCUCCCUUGUGUAAUUUUAUCAUUAAAGGUCUGCUAGGCUGAGCUGUCAGAACUACAUUUCCACAGAGCUCCUGAGCAUGAGCCACACAGGCUACUGAAUUCAUUCACUGGCCCCAGUUGAGCAUGUAGCGUGGGCCUCCGAUGUUUGAUUUGUGGGAUUUAGGCACUCCAAUCUGGGCUUGAUUCUGUAGAUGUGGAGAUGGAAUCUGCAUCAAGCCCACAGUGAUGGGUGAAGAUGUAGUACAAGCAACCAACUGCUUUGAAGUUCUAACCCCUUCUGCAGCAGUGGUGAAUUCCGGUUUCCCUGCCCCCUCGCACGUGCAAAGAUUGCUUUUGUUCAGUUUUACGUAAAAAACCUUCCCUGUAUGCAGGUAGCUUUUAAUUCCAGUUUGCACCAAGCAGGCUUGCCUGUUGUGUAGCUGUUUAAAUAUUUUUAAGAUUCUUACCCUGUAGAAUCUUAGCAUUAAGAUCUCCCUUUUAUGACAUUUAAAGCCAAAACCACUUUCGUGAGCUGAUUCUCACAAUAGUACAGAGAUGAAUUCAAGCUUUUCUAUAGACGCCGUUGAUUUUGUAAAAUUCUGUGUUCUAAAUUUUUGCAAAGAUAUAUUUUGAUUACUUCAGCGAACGUAGCAUUUCUAUUUAAAAUGUAAAUAUGUUAUGCCAACAGUGUUAAAUAAUAUAGUUAUUUUUUUAAAUACAAGUCCUUUUUAAACGGCAGCCAGGAGCUCAAAUGCUGCUACAGCAUGGCAGUAUCAGAGCAUAUCAGUAUUAUUGCAGAGUGCAGCACAAGCAACUUUACCAAGUGUGGCCAGAGAAGCAUCCUCUUUCUCCCAAGCUAGCUUCAACAUUUUCCUUGCCAAGAGAGGUCUUAUAGGCUAUAGAGUCACUCAGGGAUCCUUUCUGUAAGUUUAAGGCAGAAGUUAAUUCAGUUUUAUAUUUCAAAUUACUGUUUUCUUGCAAAAGACCAGUGCCCAUUUGCAAGAGUUAUCCUGUGAAGAUUUUUGAAUUCAGUUCUGACCAAGUGACAGAGUGACUAAUGGUUGCCGAAGAUCAAUCUCUCUGCGAGUUCUUUAAGCUCAUUCAAAAUUUGGCAGCUACACCAUCUCUUGAGAAUUUUUAGAUUGCAUAGCAAGGGGUAGGGGGCAGAUAGCUCUGGAAUUCUGAAAGCAAAAAGCUUGAUAGAAAACUGCUUUCAAGACGUUAGUUAUAACUUCUUAGAUGGUAGGUGCUACCACUUUCUUGUCUUUAAAGGGAUCGUAUAGAAUUCCUUGCAUUCAGAGAUGUACACUUAUGGCAUUGGGCAAAUGUUAAAUGUAGAUGCAACACUAGAGCUGUUCAGUGCUGUGAUUGAAGAAUGGAUUUUAAUGUAGCAUAAUUUAGUGUUUUAUUUCAAAUAUAAAUUGAGUUGUCUUACCUUUUGAUGCAUACAGUAUUUUGAAUACUUGACAAUUUGGACUGUCAGUGUUAUUAUUUUUUUUGUUGUGUUCUGUAUUAAUCUGCCUUGGACUUUCCACCACAUAUUGAGUGAUUUUUGGGGGCCUUGCUGGACAUGCCAUUGCUGCAUUUAUUUAAAUUUAGUCCCAACACUUCCUUCACUUGCUUUCAAAAGCAGAGGUAUAGAUGAGGUAGCAGUAAUAUGGGUGUGCUCUCCAGAGGGUAGGGACACCUCACAAUUGAUUUACAGUUACCUUUAAGAUGUGAUCUUCACCCAAACUGGGUAUUCCUGUCUAUUGGCUGAAUUUUGUCCCUUGAGAAUGGGAUAAUUUAACACACUUUACCCUCCAGUUGUAUCCACGACUCCUUUUUUUUUUAUAUUGCUUAUAGAACAUUAAGAUGAAGAGAGGGAAAAAAAGCUUACAUUCAUAGCUUCUGGCAUUAUAGGGAGUACGUCUGACACUUUUAACCUUUUACCAGAGGCAGGAUUUCUCAGCUAGCAGACUCAGCAUGCAUGGUGAAUACUACAGAUUUAUUUUUCAGCUCUAAAAAUGUGACAGUGGCAUCUCUAGUGGGAUAAAAGGACCCUUCCCCCUCCAAGACAUAACUCAGCCUAUUUGAUUUACAGAACUUGCUGUAAAUAGUUUAAUCUGCAGGUUUGUACUAAUGUAUUACAUUUAACUUGCCAAGAAUGUUUUACAUACAUAUCUAGGUAUUAAAACAUCCUUGUACUGUUUUUUUUUAAAUUCUA